AUGAACGGACAGCUAGAAAGUCCAUUCUUCCGCUUGCCCGCGGAACUGCGCAACCAGAUCUACGAAGAACUUCUUUGCGCCAACACGCCAACGAAACUAUCCGAUAUCGCUUCCACAUCGAGAAUUCCAGCACCGGCACCCACAUCCCCAGCCAUACUCGCAACAUGCAAGCGAAUCCACGAAGAAGCGAAAGAUCUGCUGUACACAACACACAUCUUCCACGCACACCCGAGUCUCCUCACCACACUCCCCCACCUCAUGACAACGUCAAACCCUCUCCUGUACCCCACCGUCCUGAGCAAAAUCAAGCGCUGGCAGCUCACAAUUCGCCUCGACACGGACCCACGCUUCACGGCCGCACAAGCCACAGCCGCAUUCUCCGGCGCCGAGUUCCUCGAGCUAAAAGCCUGGCAGAGUAUGUUCGACGGUUGUAACGCUGCAGUCCUCAAGCUCUUCACUGGUAUUCGCGGCGUCAAGUUUGCACGGGUUGUUGGUAGCGUGGAUGAGGAACUGGCGCGGUGGUUGGGGGAGAGGAUGAUGAGUUCGCUUUGCGAGGAUGGGGCGCUUGAGUGGUGCGAGUGCAAAGGUGAGAGGUAUGCGAGGUGUGAGGGGUGUGAGAAGAGGGUUAGGCUGGACAGGAAUGGGGCGGGGGCUUGGGGGGACGAGGAGGAUGCUUGGAGGUUUGGGAAUCGCUGA